UUGGGUGUACGUCGAUGUGUACGGUACGUGGUAGAAUUGAUAAUGAUCCUAAUUCCUCUCUUUUCUGCUCAGGCCACCAAUGGUGGAGGAACAUUCAGCGAUUAUUCAUCGUCUGUCCCCUCUACGCCCAGCAUAAGCCAACGAGAUAUCCGUAUUGAGACCAUCGCAGCCUCCAGUACCCCAACACCAAUCCGAAAACAAAGCAAGCGUCGCUCCAACAUCUUUACAUCUCGGAGGGGCGCAGAGGUGGACAGAGAGAAGAGGGCCCCGGAGUGUAAAUCUGAGAGUGUUGGCAGUGGAAGAGCCAUUCCUAUCAAACAGGGAGUCCUGUUAAAGCGGAGCGGGAAAUCCUUGAAUAAAGAGUGGAAGAAGAAAUAUGUGACCCUGAGUGAUAACGGGGUCCUAACCUAUCACCCCAGUCUCCACGACUACAUGCAGAACAUACAUGGUAAACAGAUUGAUUUGCUGCGUACAACAGUAAAGGUUCCCGGUAAAAGACCUCCUAGAGCGAACAGCGGGACCCCCAGCGGCCAGCUUCCCGGUCAGACAGGAGCCGCACAUUCCUCCAGCUCCCUGUCCUCCGAGCGCUCGGUCAGCGGCCUCAGCCUCUCAACAUUCAGCGGGAAGAGCGAAGGGGUCAGCCUGGCGCAGAGGUCCUACUCUGUGUGUAGUGGGGAGCAGUGGGGUGAUACGUCCACAG